AUGUGGUCCGUGAUCUUCACCUGGACCAUCCUCCUCAGCACCGUCGCAUCGCAAAUCUUCACCGCGCCUCCCUGGUCCAUGUCUACCGUCGCCGUCGACAAUCUCACUGGCAUUGCGCCAUUCAUCGGCUCCGUUCUCGGCACUGUGAUGGGCGGCUGGGCCCGCGAUCUUAGCAGCAAGCUCAUGGCCUCCCGCAAUAAAGGCGUCUGCGAGCCUGAGUAUAGACUGCUUGUCAUACUCCCGGCGACGAUGGCCAUGGCUGCAGGAACCUUGAUAGGUUUAUUUAGUAUAGAAGUGUUUCGCGAUGUGGGCCGGAUAGUGUUAAGUUAA